CUUGAUCUUGGAUGGAAUGACGGAACAGAAGGUGCGAGAGACACUCUCUUCGCAGCCACUGUUCCGAACCCAUCGAGGAGUCUCAGUCUGUCAACCAACAGCGGAACCAGAAGACGCUUCGAGUGUAAGAGUGCUUUGUAUCGGCUGUCCCAUUGUAAGUCGAUCUCGUGGAUACCGUACCGGUACUGGCAAUCGAGACGAGAAAUAGAAGACGUCGUACCACGAGAAGAGACAAUAUAUUUUUGGUUGGACCCUAUUGCUACCGUAGCUGGCUAGUAGUCUACAUCGUGUUUGCGCGACACAACCGGACAACAAGAACCGGAUUCGAUUGAUUCGCUCGAGGGAACCCCACAGCUACAAGCCAUUUUUGUUUCGUAGGUAAUCAUUGUCAUGUCUGCCAUUCUCGUCAACAACAAUGGCAAAGACACUGCAGCAGCAAUAAGAGAAGCCGAAUUAAAGGCGGCGCCAACAACGGUCAGUCCUGCUUCCGAACCCCAAGGAUGCAAUAACACCCCCAAGAUUCUUGUAGCAGAAGGAACAACAACAACAACAAUGGAAAGCGUUCCCCAAGUAGAGAGCAAAAAUAAGGAGAAAGAAGACACGAGCAAUAGUAAAGCGGAAGAAGACUCGAGCAAGAGUAAUGCGGAUGAAGACAGAAUGGCAGAUGUCACAGGCUUGGCGCCACCACCACCACCACCAGCCAAACAAGCCAAAACGAUGGAAAGUGCUCCACAAGUAAAGAACAAAAAUAGUGUGGAAGAAGAUGCAAGCGACAGCAAUUUGGAAGAAGAUGCGAGCAAGAGUAACAUGGAUGAAGACAGUACGGAAUCAACCUCAAUCUUGGCGCCAACGCCAGCCAAAGAAGCCAAAACGAUAGAGACUGCUGCACAAGCCGAGAGCAACAGCAACGGGGAAGAAGGUGAUAGCAAGACUGAUGUGGAAAACGAUGUUGUGCUACUAGCGAGCACAAGCGAAGCAUCAACAGAACCAAGACCACAAGUUCCCGAGCUGCGAGACUUUGACGCCAAGAUGCAACGGUUGAUUGCCUUCAAGGAAAAGUAUCUCACGUUCGUCGUCAAACCAAGUCAGCUUCCAGAAUACAAGGACCUGGAUGAGUGGGCGACUUGGAUCCGGCACUAUAAAAAAUCCUUGUCACCAGAGCAACUUUGCCAAUUGUACUCGAUUAAAUUCAAAUGGAGUGAGCCCGGAAAACAGGUUGGCAAGAGCCAACAACGAUGGGAAAUCAUGUUUGCAAAAUUGGAAAAUUACAAGCAACGAUAUGGAGAUUGUUUGGUACCGGUCCGAUGGAAGGAAGACCCUGCACUGGGAAAAUGGGUCUCUCGGCAACGAGACACCAAUAAUUGCAGAUAUCUCUCCGACGAACGAAAAGCCCGUCUGGAUGGCAUUGGUUUCACGUGGAAUGCCAAGUUUUUGGGCAGUCAAAUGGAGGUCCGACCAAGUCCCGUCGAAGGUUCCAUUCCAGCGAAACAACAACAAAAGAAAAAGCAGGCCGCGGCAACCCACGACAUUUCCAAAAUCUACGAUAUUUUGAAAAAACCCAAGCCCAAAAAACCCAAGCCCACCAAAGCCAAGCCCACAAAACCCAAGGCAGCACCCAAGGUAGCACCAAAGACAGCGCCCAAGAAAGCACCGGAGGAAUGCAAGGAAGGCACAGAUUAUGAGUGGGAGGCCCAGUUUGAAAAACUGUUGCACUUCAAGAACAAACAUGGCCACACGAACGUUCCUCAACCUGUCACAGCUGAUCCAGAGUUUGGUGCAUGGGUGCGUGCACAGUGUCAUGACUUGAGGCAGCGGACUACACUCCAGCAAUAUCGAAGAUUUUGGAGUCUAGAGGGGAUUGGAUUCAACUUUGAUCAAUAUACCAGUUCGCCGGAUGUGGAGGCUCCCCGAUGCGGAGUCAGUUGUCCUACUGGUUUAAAGGAAGACACCCCGAACCCCGGAGCCGCAACAGUAACUCCAACAGGCGGCAAGGCGCCCCCAGGGAAAUGCAAUGUUUCUACUGGUAUCAAUGCCAACAGCAAGAGCUGCACAUUACCAACCACCGCACCAACCACCAGUGAGAAGGCUUCCAUAGUCAAUGUUAGUAUUGGUAGAAAAUCUGAGGCAGAGGGCACUGUUGCAGCAACAAAAACAAGCACAAAAACCCCGACAAGUGGGAAGGCUCCCCAAGGUAAACUCGGCGUUAGUACCGGUAUAAAAACCAGCGGCAAGAGCUCUUUGGGGGAAAUGGUGAUGAUGACGAUCUCCACUGCUCCAAAGUGUCAGAAGACUUCCCAAAGGAAACGUGCUUCUAGUGUUCUUCCUGGCAAAAAAACUGAGGCUCAGGGCAGCAUUGUAUCGAGAACUACAAUCAGCAACAGUUCAACAGCCAAGCGGGCAGAGGCUGAGAGUCCCGCUCGGCAUGACACGAAGCAGUUACCGGUAGUUACACCGACAAACGUACCGAUCAUGAAUCGUGUCCUAAAAGGUAUGGAGACAACUGGCGGGAACGGUCCCUCGUCACUGGAGAUUCGCAACAAGGAGGAAUCCAAGCAUGCCAACCAUGAAACAAUGGAUUCCAAGCAAGUCAACAAUGAACUGGUACCGGUAGAAUCCAAGCCAAGCAACAUUGAAGCGGUAGAAACGGCUCGACAGGGAGCCGUCGAGCCUUCUUGGAAUGUACUAUCCCAAGGACGCUACGACCCCGACGGCUGGGACAGCUUGCAAGCCCAGAGGGAAAUAUCUUUCCUGGAGCGACAGCAUGAAAAGGCAACUCCUGUUCGACGCAAUUUUUUGCCUUUUCAGCAGCCCUUGCCAAACAGUCGGGACGCGGCCAUGCUUCCAGACUUCGACUCAAUGCCCUCAUCACAACAACCGUAUUCUGCAAACCUAAACCGACAAAAGCCAAACAAUAUCGAUGCAGCAACGAUUCCAGAGAGUCAACCGUUUAACCUGCCGCCUUCAAGGGUGAUCGAAGCACCUCAGUCGGCAGGAAACAACGCACCAAAGCCGCCCUCUGCACCCAAGAAACGACGUCGGCACAAGAACGAAGAGGCGCGCUCGUUUGCUGCGGCUUGCAAGGCUCGUAUGCGUCAGCAACAAAAGCGGCGCCGUACUCUAACGUAGCUCUCCUGUUGGGAUAGAAUGUCACCACGGAAGCUGUCGGCUGCUGGCCCUGACUUACACUAGUAAACCCCUUCCUCAGUCCGUAUUCUUCUGUGAUAGCUAGUAGCAACGCUGGAGUGGAGGUCCCGGCGUUAGUCCAGGAGUGGUGAGUCAAUGUUCAGGUAUGAGAUUGGGCCAGGUGUUGGAUGGGGUAGGCCCAGGACGGGGUCAGUGAUUGAUCCAGUAGUGGGGAGUUACGAGUUCUGUACCCUAUCGGUAUCUCUGGACUGUGGUGCUUGUGUCAUGACAUAAUCCCGCAAGUAAGAACUGGCUGGCUACCAGUACCAUGUAAUUGCCUUGGAGGAGCUGCCGGGCCCACCGGAGGCCAAACGAUGAUUCAAUCAAAUGGAUCUGAUCUACUUCUGUCAGUAGGCGCUUUGGGUAUGCUCUUUGGCCAACAACGGAUCAGUUCCUGGCACGCAGACCAUCACAACGAACACAGCACCAAGAAUGCUUCUCUUUUGGCUGCUUUCGAGACCAUUUCCAUCAGAGGUCACGUUUCCCAAGCCCCACCUCAUGUUUGAUCUACAGGCGACCAUGCGGAAGUGUAUUAGUUUGUUUUUGGGCUGGCGUUGGUUGCUACCCUUCUCCAUAGCAAAGGUAUGCUUUAGCCCAUACGGGGGAGGGGUACUAGUAUCGGUACCGUAGGGACCUGUGGUGGUUGGUAACCUUCCUGCUAGAGGGCUUACGAAUCAAUCGAUUUCAUGUAUUCUUCGUGUUGACUUCCAUUUCUAGUAUU